AUGAACAACAAACACAUUCAGGCCGCAAGUCACUACAAUUUUCACUAUGGAGAGACAACAACCGACUUGCCUGCUGGCGAUUUCUCAUUGGGAUUAUUUGAUGAUUUUUUAUCGUCGUUGUCUGACUCUCCUUUACAUACGGUCGUAACGUCUGAAGAAAUUUCGGUUACAAAUACGUCCGGCAUGCCUUCGAAUCAUCAUCAUCAUCACGUGGAUUUAUUGGCAGACCCAGCCGGUGCGGCCAGCAUGCUGUUGGCUGAAAAUCAGUUACUACCAUCAUCGAUAACGGCACCCAUACAUGAUCAAGGAGCAACACAGAAUGUAUCGAAUUUGAUUGUAACUCGUGUUUCUCUUGCUACAAAUAAUCAGAAAUAUCCAUCAGGAAUAAUUCAAGAUAAUGUUUACAUGUUUUUCGGGUCUCAUGGUGCCUCUGAUACCUAUAAAUUAGAAGUACAAGUCACGCCAUUUGUUGAUCAACUUAUACAGUCGAAACAAACAAAACUCAAUGUUCAAGUGAAGAGAGAAACAAGCGGUGAAAUUUUGAAAAAAGCUAAAUGGACACUUAGUUCAGAGAAUAGAAAAGAAGAAUGUGUAUAUGUUGUUUCAAACAACAAUUUUCCCAAGACACGACGUGGAAAAGGUACCAACGAAGCAUGUCUCUUCUGUUUUGAACUCGAAAAUUGUCCACAAAUUCCAGAGCAACAAUUCUCAGCAUUUCGAUUCCAAUUUUUCUCCAAACUACCAGUCUCAGCAUCUUCAGAGUCCUAUACGAUACCUUCCUCAGCAACACAAUCUAUUUCUCAAGCCACCCCUCAUCAUUCCAAUAAUAACCAUGGCAACCCUGCUGCUAACUUUUCAUCAUCAAAUCUUGCUUCCAUCCCUUCAUCAUCUACUUCUUCAAUGAUGUCUCCUCCUUCUCUUCUUAUUCAGAACAAGAACAAUGUGAGUCCAACCGACCAUCAAUCUUCAUCCCUGUUACUGCAGCCAACAGCUAGCAAUUCUCACUUGAGCCAUUCUGCUCAACAACCUCUCAAGCUCAACACACCAAGCUCAAGUAGACCUGUACAUGAAGGAGACUAUCAAUCUUCAGGAAAGAAGAGAAAGAAAAUUGAAAUUUUCGAGCCUAAGUUGCACUCUGUCAAUCCAAUGUAUGGAACGGUUGGCACAACUGUUGUACUAUUAGGUCAAUUCAACGUAUUGAGUGAAAAAUCUGUCAAAGUAUUGUUUGACUCAGUUGUGGUUGACCAUCCUCAUUCUAUAACUCCAAACUGUAUUGUGUGUAUGGCUCCAGAUCAUGAAGAAGGAAACUCUUACGUACACGUUGUUGAAGAGUUUGAGGAUUUCCAAAUGAGAACAGAACCUAAAAUCUUUAGGUACAUCUCAGAGGGCUUCCAGCAGGGUAUUAAUCAACUUGUUUUCAACAGUGGACCCUAUCUCUCUCCUUCUUCAUAUUCUCCAGGAAACACAGCUCACACAGACUCGUCUUCAUCGUCUUCAUACAGUUCUGGACAGACUUACUUUUAUGACAGUCUCAGACAAAACAGUCUUCAUAGGGCUGCAUUCGAUGGUGACAUUAGGUCUGUGGUUUCUCUUUUAGAAGAUCCUUGCUGUGAUCCUCUCGAGCUCGACAACUUUAAACGAAACGCUUUCCACCUGGCAUGUGCUAAAGGUCAUUUAGCAAUCGUUCAAGCUUUGUGGAAUCAUGUUGUAGAUCUUCUCUAUGAUGAUCAAGAUGAAGAUGUUUUGGCCUCAACGUUACUUUAUCAAAAAGAUAGCUUCGGUAUGACAGCUUUAGAUCUUGCCACUAAGUUAUUGAACUUUUCUGAACAUCCUGUUAUUUUCUUCCUCAAAGACAAAAUGGUGAGCUAUAGAGAUUUAUUGAAAAGACCAAGCUUUGGGGAUUUAGUGUCCGUUGAAAAGGAAAUUCAGGAAAAGAAGAUGAAUCAACUCUUAGAAUUUUUCCCUACUCUUUCUGAAGAUGUUGUACUAGAAACUCUUGAACGAUGCGAUUGGAAUGAGACGGACGCAGCUGCUGUGAUUCUUUGCUGUCAACCAGAUUAUACAUUCAUGAGCGUUUCUCCAUUUUCAUCUGGCUUGGGAUUACUAGCAAACAGAUUGUUUAAUCGAUUCAAAUUCUUUAAUCCAGAAGAAUACUUUAGCGAUUUUGAAAACGAAAUCAAACGAAAAUGUUCGCGAAAGAUUCACAAGAUUGAAAACUGUGUUCAGCCAGAGCUUCAACUUCGAUUCAGUCAAUAUAUUAACCAAGAAGAGAAUCCAUUAAUUUUCAUGACUUUCCAUGGUACGAGUGAGCAUAAUAUUAACAGUAUAAAGAAGCAUGGAUUGUUGGUGCCUGGUAAGGGAAAUGAUAUUAGGCCUGUCAAUGGAAGUGAAUAUGGACUUGGUAUUUAUUUAUCGUUUUCUGGAACAGCAUCCAUCGAAUACUGCUAUGGUGGAUCUAAGAUGUUUGUUUGUGCUGUUUGUGUCAGAGACAAGAUUGUCAUUAGUGAAGAUGGAUCUGUUUUAGUUGUCUUUGACGAGAGAUGCGUCUUACCAUGUUGGCUGAUUACUUUUGAAAAUCGUGCCGAGAACGUCUACUCUCCUGUGAAUUUGAAUGUAAACAAUAACCUCUUGAAACAAAUAUAA